AUGCUUGUGCACAGCUACCCGGGCAUGGACCGAGCCGAGGGGCUGCCCGGGGCGCCGGCCGGGGCCCGCCUGCCGCAGCUGCCCUCGCUCAACCAGGCGCCCUAUGGCUCGGCGCCGCCGCUCUGCCACACGCCUGCCGCCGACUUCCAGCCGCCCUACUUCCCCCCGCCGUACCCGCAGCCGCCGUUGCCCUACCCGCAGGGCCAGGAGCCCGCUUACCCUCACCUGGCGGACCCGUACGCGGCGCUCAGCCCUCUGCACCAGCACCAGCAGCCGGCCUGGCCCCCGCAGCGCGGCCGGCAGGACGAGCCGGGGCUGCUCUCGCAGACCCACCGCGCCCUGGGGCUCGACCCUCGCCGCGAGUACCCCGCCGUGCCCCGCCUGCUCCACGGGCUGCCCGACGGCGGCCACGGCCUCACCGACGGCCCGCUGGGCCUCCACGGCCUCGGCCACCACGGCCUCGAGGAUAUCCAGGCCGUGGACGACGGCGGGAUGAACCUGCUCGAUCAGUCCGUGAUCAAGAAAGUGCCCAUCCCCUCGAAGGCCAACGGCACCAGCAUCCCCGCGCUGUCCAUGAGCAAGGACGGCCUGAUCGGAGGGGUCACCAACCCCAACGAGGUGUUCUGCUCCGUGCCCGGCCGCCUCUCUCUGCUCAGCUCCACCUCCAAGUACAAGGUGACGGUCGGGGAGGUGCAGAGGAGGCUCUCGCCCCCCGAGUGUCUCAACGCCUCUCUCCUCGGCGGGGUUCUCCGCAGAGCCAAAUCAAAAAAUGGGGGUCGGUGUUUAAGGGAAAGGUUAGAGAAAAUUGGACUAAAUCUACCUGCAGGAAGGCGCAAAGCUGCCAACGUCACCCUGCUCACAUCCCUCGUGGAAGGUGAAGCCAUUCACCUGGCUCGGGAUUUCGGCUACGUCUGCGAGACCGAGUUCCCGGCCAAGGCGGCGGCAGAGUACCUGUGCCGGCAGCACUCCGACCCCACGGAGCUCCACACCAGGAAAAACAUGCUGCUGGCUACCAAGCAAAUUUGCAAGGAGUUUGCAGACCUGAUAGCCCAGGAUCGCUCUCCGCUGGGGAACAGCCGCCCCUCGCUCAUCCUGGAGCCCGGAGUGCAGAGCUGCUUGACUCAUUUCAGCCUGAUCACCCACGGCUUCGGGGGCCCGGCCAUCUGUGCUGCCCUCACCGCCUUCCAGAACUACCUGGUGGAGUCCCUCAAGGGGCUGGAUAAAAUAUUCAUGAACAGCACGGGGAACGGGCACACGGCCGGGGACUCCAAAGCGUCGGACAAAGAGGGGAAGCAUCGGAAAUAA